UGUCGAGAAUUUCGCACUUGGCCAAAAUUUUGCACAGAAAUGUGGCCAAUAUUUAUUACAUUGUUUGCAACAAUUGCCCCGGUCCACCCACUGCCUUCCCAUGUCCGUGGCGGCUUCACGAUAAACAAUGGGCAGUACGUGCUCACCUGGGAGGUGCGAGGUGGCAUAGCCUACUUCCGGGCGGUUGCCAAGGGCAACGGAUACGUCGGAUUUGGCCUCUCCCCCAGAGGAACAAUGGAGGCGUCGGAUUUAUUCUUGUCUGGAAUGCAUGCGAAUGGCAGUGUUUACGCCAUCGACGCCCAUGGCGCGGGUGAGAUGGAUGCGAAGAAUAAUUACGAACUAAUUCACGCCAUGGAAGGACCAAGUUACACCGAGGUCCAAUUUUACCGCCCCCUCCACACCAGCGAUUGUGCCGACGACAUUGAAAUUGUGAACGAGCCGCAAUACGUGAUUUGGUCGAUCGGUCCGGACGGGGAUGCGUUACAGACGCACGGACCACAAAAUCGAGGCGCUGUCCUUGUGAACCUAUUAAAUCCCCCAAUAUUCCACUCCCAACAUUUCACAGGGGACACAAAACUUGGACAAAAUAUGGGUAGCAUGUGUCCACCAAAAACGAAUUGAGUUUGGAUCUAUAAAUAAUCUAUUUCCGUAAUACAUGAUAUUUGUUGAAAUCUGUAGAUACAUAAAUUUGUGCAGAGUACUCU